AUGGGUGAGCCGCUGCGCCAGCGGGGCGCUUACUCCCAGCAGCGGGAUGAAAUCUGCAAUGCCUUCGAGGGAGUCGUGCUGUGGCUCCUGCGGCUUCAGAACAUCUUUUACUUCUCCCAAUCCACUUUUAACCUGGCCCUCACCAUCUUCAGCCGCCUCCUGAUUUCAGUGAAGGUAAAAGAGAAAUACCUACAUUGCGCCACAAUUACUUCCUUGAGGCUUGCUGCAAAAGUUAAUGAAGAACAGGAGUUUAUUCCACAAGUAAAAGACUUCAUAAAGCACUAUGGCUCUGACUAUUCCCCGAAUGAGCUGCUAAGGAUGGAGCUGGCUAUUCUGGACAGACUGCACUGGGACCUCUAUAUUGGGACGCCGCUGGACUUCUUGACUAUAGUGAGUAAGGAGGCGUUUACAGAGUCUACCCUAAACUCAUUUGUGCCUUUGGAACAGCUGUUUACAACAUAGGACGGCAAAGCACAGGCGUGCACACGCCCUUGCACAUGCACCACAGUGAGGUGACCCACAAGGCUCACGACGUACGGGAGAGUGAAAAGGUAUCUUAAAUCCAACACAGUUCCACCAGACUCCCACUUCUAAAGGACAUUAAAUUAACUUUACAAAGAUUUUUAGACGGCACUAUUAUGGUGAGUUUCUCUUUUAAAUACACACUGCAAAAAUAUUUAACUUUCCAUUCUAUGAAUACUGUACAUAAAUAUCUGUCUGCUUUUGCUACACUUUACACACAUUCACUUAGCUGUCUUUAUUUACCUACACACAAUCCUUAUUGAGGCUUUAGACCAUAUUGAUCUGGCACUUAAAAAAAUAUCAUACAUUAGUUUGUAUUUGUUUUAGUUGGGGGAAUGAUGGUCAUCCUUAAGGAUAUGAUUCUGUUAGUAAGGCAAAUUAUGCAAUGUGGAAAUCUCAUGGGGUUUUGGUUUGUUAUGAAGCAUGAAGAUUAAAUUACUAAGGGCUGUUUCAUGAAAACUGGCCACUGUUGCCAAGUUGCAGAGUUUCUUAUGAUAAGCAGAUACAAGUAACUUUUCUGCUA